UUCCUGACGUUUCUGUGCUUUCGUACCUGACUAACUGCAGUCGUCGUCUGCUUGCACCAUAAAAAUAUUAGCGACGCGAUCAAAAUAAAUAGGAAAAUAAUAAAAGAUAUAUAUAAAAAAUAAUCAGUGAAAUAAGACUUUUACUCAAAAAAUGGCUGACGUUAAACAGGAGCAUAAAAAUGCUGAAGAUGAUGAGAAUUAUGCUGUUGGGAAUAAUACCGAUCCCAAAAAUAUGCAAGAACUGACACAAUACGUUCAAACGUUGCUACAAAGUAUGCAGGACAAAUUUCAGACCAUGUCUGAUCAAAUCAUCGGGAGAAUAGAUGAAAUGGGAAAUAGGAUAGAUGACCUGGAGAAAAAUAUCGCUGAUCUAAUGACACAGGCUGGAGUGGAGGGUCCAGAUAAGUGAACAAAGAACAACGAAAGUGGAGUUAAAUCGUAACAAUUCAUAAACACACCAUACACAAUCGUCUUCAAUUUAUACCUACGUACCUAUGCAAAGUUAUUUGUCAAGAGUACUGCAGGCAUAGAAAACGAUGUAUUUUAAACCAUUUACCUAAUAAAUGCACUGUUUUUUUCACUUAA